UGCACUCACGCAUCUCACACGAACGUAACGCUCUCCCAGGAGUAGCUUCACUUUAUUCAAGUAAUUGUACAGCUAAAAUUGUACAGCUAAAGUUACAAACAGUCUUUUACAUUGUAUCCAUUUAUACAGCUGGAGUACCUUGCUCAAGGGUACAACGGCAGUGCCACAACCAGGAACCGAAAAUGUGACCUUGAGGUUAGAAGACCAGAUUAUACUACACUGCCACCUAGACUGAAACCAGGUCACAAGGUCUCAACUGACAGUUGAUGCAAUUUUGUACUCUCUAUGUGGAUCCUAUAACAAGAUUUGAGCACAGCCUUCAAAAAGGGGACGUUGCCCGAAUGUAAUGAGAAGUGAUUCACUGAACAACACACUGCAAAGGCACCCUUCUACUCUGUAAACAAGGGCAGUCAAAAUGUUGCUCAAUUAGAAAGGAUAGAUUAAUUAUUGAAUUAGGAUAUAAUAUUCAUUAACAGGAAUCCUGUUGCUUUGGAAUACAGCUUGUUUCAUUUGUGUGAGGAUAUUCUCAUGAACAUGUGGAGUCCAUGGAUAUUUCUGUGUGGAAUGGUCGGGCUUGGCUUCGGUGAGGCAUAUCCAUAUGGCGGACAGUGUGCAGUUUGCUCGGAAAAGGGCUGCAAAUCUGGUGUGAGCAGAAUCAUGCUGGCCAGCAGCCACAAAAAGCUAUGGACGAAAGGAAAUGAAGAAAUCCAAAACUGCUUUGAGGACAACCUAAAGGAAGAUACACCCUGUACCUUGAGUAAUGGGAACCUUGUCCUACGGACUGAGCAGACCCUUCAUUUCGAAGGGAAGGAUGGCUCUUCAGAGGACUGGAAGCCAUUCCAGUCGACCAACAUGCUUUGCGCUGAUCUUGAUCUGCCUCCCAGUCUCAAAUCUUCCUCUGGAGCACCGGACUUGAACCAGAUUAAUGCUACCGCCAACCCCAUGACCACGCCCGCGCCCGCGCCCACCAUGUCACCCUGGAAAACGGCUGGAGCUGCAGGCGGUUCAGUAUUUGCUGUCAUUGUCAUCAUUGGUGUCAGUGCCAUCGUUAUUUAUCGAAGACGGCAUAAGAGGCGUCGGGAAGGACAGGACGGGGAGCGUCCCCCUGACAAUAACGUGGAGAUGGAUCUUCUUAAUAGAGACGAUGAGCACAGUUGAACGUUCCUAACGUAGUCCACAUAUUUUGCGGUUAGCCAGUACACCUAUGACUUGAAAUAACUAACAAAGACCUCCCUAAUUUUAAGUACUAAUUCUAAGUACUUUUAGUGGCCAGCUCAUCUGAAUACUUGAUCUUUUCGGAGGAAUUAUUCUCGGCAACACCCCUGUACGAACCUGUCAGUCCCUGUCCAUCUUCUGCUGUGGUCUGAAGAUACAUCUGUUCAGACAGUACCUGGGCUAACUGUCACCACUCUGCAGGGCACUACCAACCUAGGAUCAUUCUUAGCACUUGUACUUCUGCUUCGUUCCUAUGGCACAUUGCACAUGUACCUCCUGUGUCACUGUCAUGUUGCAUCUACCUCUAUCCAGCACUUAUAUUAUGCUUGUGUCAUGAUCUUGAUGUUGUAGCUUGUUGUCAUGCCUCCUAGUUUGACUUAACAUAACUCUCUGGCCUAGCCUAUAAGCUGAGGGGAGAUAGAUUUAGGAAAAAAAAACCUUCUAACUCUCUCUUUCUUGUUUCUGCAAACUUGCGUACUGCACCUUUAAAUUCUGCUGAGAGUGACCUGCUGAACUGCCGCAAUUGUUUCUGUCUAUUUCCCAUCUUACAAAUCGGUUUUGUGCACAAACACACGUUAUGAAUGUGAAUUGUAAUGCUAUGAACUGAAUACUGUGUCAGUGAUGCCUAACAGUGCCUUCCUUUGACUUUAUUUGGGCCACCCACCCAAAUCGAUGUCCCCCCAAAAUAUAGCCUACGUCAUAUUUUGUAACGUGAUAGAGUGAGGAAAUGAGAUACUGCCAAAUUAGCUAUAGCUAGCCCCUUUUUUCAUUGAAGUAUUAACUUAUAUCGCUACAACUUGAUGCACAUUGGAAAAUUAUUGCAGUAGCGUGGUAUGCACUUUUGUACGUCGCUUCGGAUAAAAGCGUCUGCCAAAUGUAAUGUAAUGGAAAACAAGUUAAAGCAACAUAUGAUGCUGGAGUAAUUUGCUUGCUAGAGGUGGAUUAGAGUAUAUCGCAAUGUACAAACUUCAGAUGGACGGCUAGUGCCGUCCAUCUGAAGGCAUUGAUAAACCUAACACUGUUAGUAUGGUGCCUAUAUUGUCUAAUAUCCUCGUACUGGACGGACAGGGAUGCAUACAAUUGGCAUCAGUCUUCUUUUGUUUCCAAAUCAAAUAUUUCAGUGCUGUUCAUUUCUGUCAUCUUUUCAAGCUAAAUUUUUUUAAAGUACAAGAGAGUAAAAAUCAUGGGUUUCAGCUCCUCGGCCUUGUAGCACCUGUCACCUCAUCACUGAAGCUGCGUGACGUCAAGUGUUUCUGUCAGAAGUGAUCAAUUUGUUAUAUUUGGAGCCAUACUAACAACAAUUGCAGCUUAAUUUAAUGAGAGCCCCUGGACGAAAAAAAGGUCUAAUAUCUUUUGGGGAAGCCAUUAUGUGGUGCUUACCCUUUAAAAAGUUGGUUUCAGUGUUUUGAACUUGUUUUAGUUGAUGUAUUUUGGGCUUUUUUUAUUGUUUGGUGAUUUGAGAUAAAAUGAAAGCUACACUAAGUGAAAUGCUGCUAGCCAUUGUGAAGCCAGCUCUCCCCCUCCUCUCACUGUGCCAAAGAGCUCUGUUGUUUGUUUGAAUGUACCAACAGUGCAAGCUGCCUGCAAAAAGGUAUUUCAGAGCACUAAGGACCAUGCGUUACAAUGUUUCAUUUUUUAUAGCCGAUUUGUAUGGUCUGUGGAAGAUAUUAAUAAUUUUUUGUUUGGGAAAUUUGUUUACAGAAACAUGUAUGUUUUGUAUUUUUGUAUGCAAGCACUGAAGCUGAAGCACAUUCGUAAGUACUGUAAGGUGGAGGUAGCAAUAAAGCACUGGGCUGAAUUGAA